CUCUAUGACAUCUGCUUCAGAACCCUAAAGCUAACCACGCCCACAUAUGGUGACCUGAACCACCUGGUGUCCGCCACCAUGAGCGGGGUCACCACUUGCCUGCGCUUCCCUGGCCAGCUCAAUGCUGACCUGCGGAAGCUGGCUGUUAACAUGGUCCCCUUCCCCCGACUGCACUUCUUCAUGCCUGGCUUUGCCCCACUGACCAGCCGGGGCAGCCAGCAAUGCCGAGCCCUGACGGUGCCCGAGCUUACCCAGCAGAUGUUUGACGCCAAGAACAUGAUGGCUGCCUGCGACCCCCGCCACGGCCGCUACCUAACAGUGGCUGCCGUGUUCAAGGGCCGCAUGUCCAUGAAGGAGGUGGAUGAACAAAUGCUUAAUGUCCAAAACAAGAACAGCAGCUAUUUUGUUGAGUGGAUCCCCAACAAUGUGAAAACAGCUGUCUGUGAUAUCCCACCCCGGGGGUUAAAAAUGUCCGCCACCUUCAUCGGCAACAGCACGGCCAUCCAGGAGCUGUUCAAGCGCAUCUCGGAGCAGUUCACAGCCAUGUUCCGGCGCAAGGCCUUCCUGCACUGGUACACAGGUGAGGGCAUGGACGAGUUGGAGUUCACUGAGGCCGAGAGCAAUAUGAACGUCCUGGUGUCCGAGUACCAGCAGUACCAGGACGCCAUGGCCGAGGAGGAGGGAGAGUUUGAGGAGGAGGCCGAGGAGGAGGUGGCAUAGAGCCGUCUGUCACUGGGUAAAGCGCGGAAGCGGUGUGAGCUCUUUAUCCACUCACAACCUGUUCUGAUAGCCACGUCUCACUGUGUGUGCACUUGCUGUUCUUCCUGUCUUGACAUCACAUGCUGUACAGACACACCAAUUAAAGCAUUUUCAUAGUGAAAAAAAAAAAACA